AUGGCGGGUACAGCCGGCAUGGAUAUACUCAAGGAGGUUAUGUCACAUCUUCGAGACAGUCCACUCGUCAAGGUGAAUCGGAAGCUGAAGGAUCGAGGAGGCAGGGCGACUGGCUUGGUGGACUGGUCUUUGCUGGAGAAGGUCCCAGCAGCCUGGAUGCAAGCAGAUGCCCUCCAAGCGGACGAAAACAGGAAUGGCAUCCACAAUUCCAGACGUUUCCACUGCGGUCAGAACAUGGAAACCGAGACGAUGAAUGGGAGCAGUAUCCAAGCCGUUUUCGGCAUCAAAGAGGGGCAGGUUGAGAUUGAGCGAGGCAUCCUGAAGCCAGGGCAGUGGACAGAUGACACUUCAAUGGCACUCUGCCUUGCUGACUCGUUGUGCCUUUGUGGACACUUGGAUGGGAGUGAUCUUCGGAAGAGAUUUUGGUGCUGGCAUGCGGAGGCCAUGAACACUCCUUGGCGACUUGAUCCCGAACGGAAGAAGCGCACCAGCUUCGGUUUGGGAUACAAUAUUGCCAAGAGCUUGAUUGCACUCUAUCCAGACGAGCCCAUUGACCCUGAGUACCUAAAUCCUGGCAGUAGUGAUUCCGGCAACGGCGGGCUCAUGCGACUAGCUCCGGUUCCGAUCUUUUACAAUCGGCCUGAGCAACUGGAGGAGGCCCUGGAUGCUGCCGCGAGGUCGAGUCUUGCAACACAUCCAGGUAUUUUGGCAACUGAGACAGCGCGCUACCUAGCUUUCCUGGUGCACAGCGCCAUCAACCGGAAGGAAGAGAUGUCGGCCAGAGAGUUCUUCAUCCAGCAAAGCGCCGUUUAUGCAGCCCGCUUGGGAGAGCGUUUGGCGGAGGAUCCUGAGGGUCAGAGCUCUGCGGACUUGCGCGAGAUUCAAGCCCUCGCAACUUCCAACAAGGAGGGUCCAAUGGAGAGAUGCUGGAACUGGCAAGAGCCAUCACUGGAGCUUCUGCAAACAUUCAGGGCCCGGGGGGAGAAAUACAACGGGCAUCCGGUCAGCCGAUGCUACGCUGGAAGCUACUGCAUGGACGGCUUGGCCAUGGCCCUCCAUGCCGUCGCGAGCACCGAGAGCUUCCACCGAGCCAUAGAGAAGGCUGUGAACUUCCUGGGCGAUGCGGAUACUGUGGGGGCGAUAGCAGGACAGCUCGCUGGUGCCUUCUAUGGUCUUGAGGGCAUCGAUCCCCGUCGCUAG